AUGCGUGACAUUAUAUCAUAUCGCCCCACAUCUCAUCAAACUACACGUAUUGAGUCGCAUCACAUCAGGUCACACUACAGUCGACUUUUCCUCGCAUCACAUCACACUAGAACACAGUACACCAUAUUACAUUACGCGUUACACCACACCAUAUACACACACACACACACUCGCCACCACACCACAUCAAGCCACCCCAUACCACACCACACUCGCCACCACACCACAUCAAGCCACCCCAUACCACACCACACUCGCCACCACACCACAUCAAGCCACCCCAUACCACACCAUACCACACCACACUCGCCACCACACCACAUCAAGCCACCGCAUACCACACCAUACUCGCCACCACACUACACUACACUAUACGACACCACACUACACUCUCGCCGGCACCACGCGUGUACAGGCGGGUGGCCACAACACACGCGGCCCUGA